AUGCUAUCACAGACAGCCAUCGCCCUUGCGGCCCUUCUGACAUGUGCUACGGCCCAAGUGCCUAAUUUUGUCCCCAGUGCCGUUCCCCAAGCCGAUAGAGAUCAAUGGUGCACAUCACAAAUCUCAGCCUGCCCACUGAUCUGCCUGCAAGAAGACGCCGCCACGGCCGCCACCCAAGCCAACACCUGCGACCCUGACUCGUUGACAUACCUCUGCAUAUGCGACAACGGCCUCCAGCCUAAUGCUUCCGAAUACUCUCAGACCUUGCCUUACUUCAUCUGCACGGAAAACAACAAUAUCUGUGUGAACAACUGCGGCAAUGGGAACAAAUCCUACAAGAGUCAACACGAGUACCAUCUCGACUAUGUCCUCAACAGCUACGGAUGGCAGCUUGGCGCCUACGGCUCGGAUGUGGUGUACACGGGCUUUGGCGGUGGUGCUGCAUCGGCCUCGGCUACUGGUGGUGAAGCUUCUGCGACUGCCGCCUCUGGUGGUAGCUCAGCUGCUACGAGGAUCGUGCUCAAUGCCGGCGAGUUGUACGGUCUUGCGGUCGUUGGGCUUGGUGUGUUUACUGGCUUCACGCUGUUUUUCAGCAGCUUCUUCCUUGCACGACUUUCGCCGACCAGCAGCACGCCCUUUCUCGAGGUCAAUACCCGCUCGCUCAUAUACCAGCGAUCACCUCCGAAUGCGCAGAAGAAUGUCACGAAACGAUCGAUGGGCGACAGCUCCGAUGAUGACGAUCUAGCGCCGAUCAAGCUCAGUGCAGAGGCUCAGGCUAUCCUUGAGGGAAAUUCGCAGACUGGGGAGGACAAGGAGAACCAAGUGCACCCUUACAAGCGCAGUAUCACGGCGGCAACAACGUCGACAGCAAAUGAUGGGUACAGAUCAACAUCAGGCAGUCGAUUCCGGCGGCCGCUGAGUGGUGGGCUUGGUACGGGCAGCCCUGUUCCGAGAACGACGACAAGCACAGCACCUACUCGACCUGCAGCGUUGACGACGGUUGCGCGAGAUGGCUCCUUUAUGUACAAGAUGGUCGACAAGACCGGCGCAUCCGCACGGACGCCGCCCAAGGAAAAGAGAUCUUCCCCACUACGAGCCCAAUCUCCUUCUCCGCGUUGGGUACCGGCUGCAGACCCUGUCCAGGAGCAGAUCAGUCCUCCGCGAUCACCUAUGGCGGACGAGCCUGCGAACCCAGUGACUGUUGCUCGACCAAGGAAAGCCGAAGAGAAUGCUGCCCAUAGCACGGUGCGCACACGUAGAGCUGGGCUAGGACUCUCGGGGAAGCCAGUUCGACGGGGUAUUAUUCGACGGCCAUCUGAGGAUGAUGCUCCUGUUCUUAGCAACAGUCGAGAGAACUCGGCAAGUCCAGAGAUGCAGGUUGGAAGGCGAGCACCAGAAGCUGAUCUGGAUGACCACCCUGAUCUUGGCCUUGCGCCUCGAGGCAGCCCCCAGCCGAUCUCUCGAAGCACUCUCGGCAAGUCAUACGGUACCGACAUCAUGGUUUCAGCCUCACCACCUAGCCGAUCAAAGUCAGCAAUGGCAAGAAGCUCACCUCAGCCAGAUCCCAUCGCUCCUCGAUCGAGGCCAACCCCAGCUUCGUACGGAUCUCUUCCGUCUUCUCGCUCAUCUGGACCACAAAGAAAGCCCGCUUUCCGAGUACCGCCCCUACCAGCGAUUGAAGCUUCGCAUGAUCAAGAAAAUGAGCCACCUCCAACCUUCAGGAAAUCAAAGCCUUCUGCACCUGUUCUUGAAGUCCUCGAAGUUCGCGAAGAACCCGCGCCAGCCCCUGUAUCUGCAUCACCACAAAGACCACCGCUGCAACCAGUAAUCAACAAUGUCCCGCAUCGUCCAGCACCCGCUCCACCACCAAAGAUGUCCUCCCUUCUGGACGCAGCAACCAACGCUGGCCGCUCGAAAAAGACGAGCUCCCAUGUAGUAGUCAACAACCGCCAAUACCGCCGCCUCGAUUGCAUCGGCCGCGGCGGCUCUAGUCGUGUCCACCGUAUCAUGUCAGACAACUUCAAGAUGUUCGCCCUCAAACGCGUCAACCUCGAAGAAGCCGACGCCGCUGCCAUCGCCGGCUACAAAGGCGAGAUCGACCUCCUCCAAAAGCUCGCCCACGUCGAUCGUGUGGUAAGGCUGUACGACUACGAGGUCAACGACGCGAAGCACGUCCUCAACGUCAUGAUGGAAAUCGGCGAGACGGAUUUCAACAAGAUGCUGAACGAGCAGUGCAAGGUUGAGAACGCAAAACUCGAUACCACGUUCACGCGACACUACUGGAAGGAAAUGCUUGAAUGUGUUGGAUCCGUCCACGCGUGCGACGUCGUGCACUCGGAUCUGAAACCGGCCAACUUCCUCCUCGUCAAGGGUCGCCUCAAACUUAUCGACUUCGGCAUCGCCAACGCCAUUCAAGACGACACUGUCAACGUCUACCGUGAGAACCAGAUCGGAACGCCGAAUUACAUGUCUCCUGAGUCGCUGAUCUGCAAUAACGUCACGCCCAGUGAGAAUGGGGAUAUCAAGGAGAUUAAGCUUGGAAAACCAUCGGACGUCUGGUCGCUGGGGUGUAUCCUGUACCAGAUGACCUAUGGCCAGCCGCCGUUCGCGCACAUUCAAAGCCAGAUGCAGCGGAUCAUGAGCAUUCCGAACCCGAAAGUCGAGAUCCAGUUCCCAACACGAGGUAUAGGCGACGUCGUCGUUCCCUUCGGCCUCAUCAAAACACUCCGCCGCUGUCUCACACGAGAGCAGAGCCUGAGGCCGACGGUGCAGGAGUUACUGGCGGAUGCGGAUGGGUUCUUGGAGCCAGUGGCGGUGAGUCCGCCGAUUCUGGGGAGGAUGAUUGGGAGUGUGGUUAGUUACUGUCGAAGUAGGGAGGAGAAGAUGAAGGAGAGUGGGGAGGUGAGGUUUACAGGGGAGGGAGGGGUGGGAAGUGUGAUACCGGAUGAGGAGGAGGUGGGGAGGUGGCCGCAGUAUUUGUAUGAUAAGUUGCGGAAUGCUAGGGGCGAGGGCGUUGCUUGGUGA